AUGACCCAAACCCAUGCAAAAACUCACGACGCAGAUCUCCUCCACCGCAUCCCAUAUCCACCGUCCACUAUCGCCCCGGCCCGGAAAGCCACCCGGGCAACCCGCACGCAACUAAAUGAACCCCGCGCAACGCGCCGAGCGCCGCCUGCAGCAAAACGCCCUCCGCACCAAUCGGUCUCAAUCGCGGCUUCUCCGAUCGCUUCGUGCCAAAGUGCACAUUUUUCAAAAUGUCGAAAAUGGCCCGCGACGCGACUUAGACUGUGUUUCCCAGAGCCGCUCGAAAGCGAAGCGCCGGACCUAACAGCGACAUCAAUUUCGGUGAUCCAUCAGGAACUCCCAACCUUUAUCGGGACUCAACCGGGCGCUCACAGUUCUGCCCUUUGA